UUUGCCAAUCUGUCAUCUGUGUCACUUAGAGCACAUUCAAAAUGAUACAGUAUCGAUCUUGUGGUCACCUUGUGUUCCCUAUUUCACCUAGUUCACAAUUUCGUAUUGUAGAAUGUACUCUGCAGCCGACCAAGACCAAGAGGACCAAGAGCACCAAGAGUGAAGAGAAAUACGUUGAAAUGAUGGCUGGCGAAAGCCAGUCAUCAGUACUGGACCUGAUGGAAUAUUUUCAGAACUUUGAAGACAAAUUGGAUGGUGUUGGGCUUCUUUCUGCUGCAAGUGCAGGGGAAGCAGAAGAAGUACCAGCACCAAAGCAUUCAAAACUUCAUUUAACACCUGAAGAGAAACAACUACUAGAGAAAGAAGGCAUCACACUCUCUUCUCAUCCUCUCACACAAGCUGAAGAGCGUAAACUUAAGAUGAUUAGAAGAAAAAUACGCAAUAAAAUAGCAGCAGGGGAUUCACGCAAGAGAAAAAAGGAAUACCAAAAUGCCUUGGAAGAGAGGGUAAAGCAUUGCACUGAGGAGAAUCUGCACCUAGUAAAACGUGUGGAAGCUCUGCAGACAGAAAACCAAACACUGGCAGCAAGGGUGAAAGAACUUGAGGCUGUGUUGUCCCAUGGAGCAGCAAACACAGCACAAAUUUUAAGCCUGAAUCAGAGCUUGUCUCCCAACUGUGAUGGCCAGAAGGAUCAAGACCUCUCACAGCCAGAAAACAAAAUGGCACCUCUUCCAGGUCAUUCAAGAAACUUGCUAGAAUUGUCUGAGUCUAGG